AUGGCAGACAAGCGGGACAUGGGGAAAAUCGCCAGUGUCAAUAAGGCCAAACUGAAGAAAACCGAGAUGCUGCAGAACACCUUGCUGACCAAAGAGACCAUUGAACAGGAAAAGAGGAGUGAAUUUUCUUAG